UAAAAAAAUUUAUAAAAUGAAAAGCACAGAAGAAGAAGCUUUGAAAGGAUUGUCCCUGGAUAUUUAUGAAGGUCAGAUCACUGCAAUACUUGGUCAUAACACAUCUGGAAAAACUACAUUGCUAAACAUCCUCAGUGGACUUUCCAAACCAUCUGAUGGUUUUGCAUCCAUAUUCAAGUACAAUGUAUGUGAAAAGGAACAUAUGGAAAAGAUUUGGGAAAUAAGUGCUAUCUGUCCACAAUGGAAUAUUCAAUUUGAAUUUUUAACAGUGAGAGAAAACUUAAAAACAUUUGCUAAAAUAAAAGGGAUACCAUCCAAUGCUGUAGAAAAAGAGGUUGAAAAAUUGUUGACACUCUUGGACAUCAAGGCCAUUCAAAACACCCAAGCUAAUCAUUUAAGUGGUGGACAAAAACGAAAAUUAUCUCUUGGUAUUACACUUUUAGGAGAACCACAGGUAUUAUUACUAGAUGAGCCAACUUCUGGAUUGGAUCCAUAUUCUAGACACCAAGUGUGGUCUCUCCUGAAUGAACGCAAAGCAGGUCGAGUCAUUUUAUUCACCACCCAGUUCAUGGAUGAAGCUGAUAUCCUUUCUG